UUUAAACUCUUUUAACUUCUUAGGGUAGCUCCACUUUGUAGUACAACUUUUUUAAGUGAAGAGAAAAGAGAACUUGGAAAUACAAGCUUUUAAGAUUUGAUUUUGAUCAUGAAGGCUUAUAUCUUGAUUUUUAUUGUCUUGUGUCUGAUCGCAUCUGCAUGGACAAAAGAAGUGAGCAAGUUUGCCAAAUUAAAGUACGAAAAUGCCAAGGCAUUGAACGUCGUCAGUUCAACUGUGUCAGUUUCAAGCUUGCUACAAUGCGUGCACUUUUGCAUGCGUAAAGAUAAUUGUUUUGGUGUCAAUUUUCAAGGCAAUACAAAAAGUUGUGAGAUGAUAAAGAAGAAGAUUUUUGACUUAGAAAAUGCUGAGGAUUGGUCUGUUUUCAUGUUUCAAGAUCAAAGAAAAGCUGUGUGUCAACCAAAUCCAUGCUUAAACGGAGGUGAAUGUCAAGCACUUUCUGAUAAUACUUUUAAUUGCACAUGCAGGAAGUCCCAGGUUGGCGAAAAAUGCGAGAAAGAUUUUUCAUUCGAACUAGACAUAACUGCACCUGACUCGUAUAUUGAAAUUCCAAUUACCUUUUCCUCACUCAGAGAAUUUACAUUUUGCGUGAAGUUUCAAGGCUCGCUCGAUGAAAAUUACAGAACGGUGUUCAAUUAUUUUUCAUCCUCUGGUGGCACCUGCUCCAAUAUAAGAUUAGACGUACGUAAAGGAAAUUUCUUGGUUCGAAUUUUCCACCAAGAGAUACCCAUUGGGCAUAAACCAAACAUCACAGCUCAUCAAACAUUUACAGCGUGCAUAUCCUGGAGAAACACCCAGUAUGACGUUUAUUUGGAUGAUGUUUUGGUGACAAGCAUUGAAGGAAGCUAUGUCUACUUGUUAAAUUCUGGCACGCUAACACUUGGAUUUCCUUACUUUAAAUACACUGGAGGAAAAUGCAAAAGGGGAUCAUCAAACGAUUCAAAAUUUGUCGGAAAAAUUAGCUCGUUUUUUCUAUAUAACCAUUUCUUUGCUUUAAAAGAUGCUCUCAAUUUCGGUAAGCAGAAUUGGGGAAAAAAGUCAAGCAUGAUUUUAUCUUGGGAUGAAUUUCGCCAUAAGAAAUACCACUAUGGCAAUGUGGUCGAACAAAUGAAGACUUAGUUUUCUAUAAUAUAGAGCCCAAGGGAACAUAACUUUUUAUUUAUACGACAUAACUUCCUUGUUCUAUAUCUGUUCCUACUGGUUCUUGGCAAUUAUAAAAGAGAUGGUUUGGCGAUG